AUGCUCAAUAAUUUUUGCGGAAAAUUGAGGUUGAUCGAUGUUUAUCUGCAUCAGUCAACUAGUGAUGCGUAUCUGUUCUUCAUAAGUCUGCUUAUAAGAUUCUACUGCAGAAACGUUGCCCGCAUCACAGAUGACACGUACGAUUCAACGAAAGAUUGUUCGGCACGAACUGGUGAAUAUACGACUACUGAUGCAAAUCUGCACGACAAACACACGAUAAAGAUGACAGAUAAUGAAAAGAUGAAACAAACAGCUGAAUGGAACCCGUGA